CCCUGGGAUGCCCUCAGCUCUCUGUUAUUCCAGGAAUACAAAUGAUUUGUGGAUAAAAAAGAGUGAACAAUAAUGGUUGGAUCGCCUGCAAAAAAAUCAGACCGAGGUUUUUUAUCGAGGGGGAGAAUAUUCCCAGCAUCUGCUAUGGACCUGAUAGUGUGCCUGUCGCUCGUCCUGGUGAUAGCGAAUGUUGUCUUGGCGGAGAAUACUUUCUACACGCAGGGACGAUAUGGUAAACGAGAGGAGUCACAUCCAUCCGCUGGUGCGCUGCCGUAUUUUUCCCUAAGUAGACACGUCCGGAGUGAUAAAAAAUCCAAUCAUGCGUCCAAUACGCAAGACUCGAAUACGGUGAAAGUAUCAUCUCGGCCAGAUCGUUUCUUCCUCGGCAGUCGUUAUGGCAAGCGUGCACUACCUAGAGCUGUAGAAUUGUCUGAUGGCAGUCCGCUCGCAUCACUUGACCGCCUAGAGACUAUUCUGAGGUAUCUAAACCGUGCCCGAAGGUCUGACCAACGUAGUUCAGCGCCAAAUUAUGAAAUUGAACAAAUCUAUUACGACAAUGGCUACGACAACGGUAACGACGACAAUGGAGUUGGGGAUAACGACAGCAAAACUUUAUGUCAAUCUGACAGCAGCCAGUGCUAACUCAAAGGAAAUUAAAAAGUGAAAAAAAAACCGACGUGAGUUACGAAGAAAAUUGAAACUGCGGAAUAAAUAGUUUUUUCUCUUCUUGAAAAUCACUCCUGGCUUUUCACAAGGCACGCUGAAUUUUUUCCCCUCCCGAGUGAUCCAAUGUUGAAGAAAAUUCUUCGAAGAUAAUUAAACAAACAACAUAGUCGAGUAAAGAGUAUAUUUGUUUCGUUUCGAGUUAAUCUGAGACUGAAUUACUCUGUGAAAAUAUAUUGAAAGAAAUAUUGUGUUUUUCGAUUCUUCAGAUAUAUGUGAAAUAGUUUAAUCAAGUGUUGAUCCUUGGAAUUAUUAAUUAGUAUUAAUAUUGAAAUAUAAAUAUUGAAAAUACAUGUAACUCUCUCUCUGCAGCAAUAUAGUUUUGGCAUUGUGCAC